GCACGUGUGAUUUGUUUUGCUCUCGCAUUUUUCCGAAAGUUUUUCCGAUAAAGUACUCGAACCAUGGAGGAAAAGGACCUAAGUUUCCAUCAAAUGGAAUUAGAUGACCGAAUCUUGAAAGGAAUUGCAAAAUUGGGAUGGUUGAAGCCCACAAAGAUUCAGGAGAAGGCAAUUCCGCUGAUUCUCGAAGGAAAAGACGUUUUGAUACGUGCAAAGACCGGAUCUGGCAAAACGGCGGCUUUUGUGGUGCCUUUAUUGCAGAAAAUCAUCAAGUCCAAACAGCAUGAGCAGGAACAGAAAGUCAGUUCGUUGAUUUUGGCGCCCACGAAGGAGUUGUGUGAUCAGAUUUUGAAGGUAACGCAAGAAUUGACCCGAAAGUGUGAAAGAACGAUCCGAGCGAUUGAUUUGUCGUCGAAACAAGACACAUCUGCCCAAAAAGUGCUUUUAUUGGAACGUCCUGACAUCAUUAUCGCCACGCCAACGAGGAUUUUGACCCAUAUCCGUCAAGAAAAUGUAUCUCUCAAGGAGUCUCUUGAGACUUUAGUCGUAGAUGAAGCGGAUUUGAUCUUUUCUUUCGGUUUUAAGAACGAUUUGAACCUUUUAUUGGAACAAUUGCCGGCUGUUUAUCAGUCUGUACUUGCUUCGGCGACGUUGAAUACCGAUGUGAACAAUCUCAAGGCAGUAAUUUUGCAUAAUCCAGUCAUUUUAAAGCUCGAAGAACCAGAUUUGCCGCCGCAAACGCAAAUAACGCAUUAUUAUUUGUAUGCCGAGGAGUUGGAAAAAGCCACAGUUUUAUUGUCACUCAUAAAAUUACACUUACUUCGCGGUAAAAACAUCAUUUACGUCAAUUCCGUGGAUCGUUGUUACAAAUUGAAGCUGUUUUUGGCCCAAUUUCGGAUACGUUGUUGCGUUCUCAACUCGGAGUUGCCCGUAAAAGUGCGUUGUCAUGCCGUAAACCAGUUCAAUCAAGGCGUUUAUGACACUUUAAUCGCUUCCGACGAGAAAUUCGUGCAAAAUCCAACCCAUGGCAAAGAUAAAAAGGACAAAAAAGACAAAGAAUCCGGCGUGGGACGAGGAAUUGACUUUUUACAAGUCUCGAAUGUCGUAAAUUUCGACUUUCCGUGCGACAUUGAGUCCUAUAUUCAUCGUGCGGGACGAACAGCACGUGCUACAAACACCGGUUGUGUCUUAUCGCUCGUCGCGGUUGCGGAAAAAGAGCAAUUUGACGCCACACAAGCACAUUUGAGGAAAAUGUACGUCGUCGAUGACGAUCCAAUUCGCCAAUUCAAGUUCAAAAUGGACGAAGUUGAGCCUUUUAAGUAUCGCAGCAUGGAUGCGUGGCGUGCAAUCACGAAACAAAUCAUCAAGGAGGCUCGUGCGUGCGAAUUAAAGAACGAAAUUUUCAAUUCCGAGAAGUUAAAGGGGUUUUUCGACGACAAUCCACGCGAUUUGCAUGUUUUACGACAUGACACAACAGUUCAACCGACACAAGUGAAUCCGCAGCUGGGAGAAGUGCCCGAAUAUAUCGUGCCGCAGUCGCUAAAACGCAUCGUUGGAGUCGUCACGAAGAAACGAGGCGCGAGAUUUAAUCAGCAACAGAAGCGAAAGUCCCGCGAUGACCCCUUGAAGGUAGCCAAAGUGGAUUUUGCCAAGAAAAAACGAAAAAUUUAGAUGAAUUUCUGUAAAUAAAUUUAAGUUUCAAUAAAAAAU